ACGUAGUCCGUGGCGCGCUCGGCGAUUUGGCGCUAGCGAAGCCCGGGUCUACUCCAGUAAGCCCGCCGCAGCCACACUAUCGUCUCGUUUUCAAACGCGUCGCCCCUCGACUUGUCUAAAUGUUUCGUCAUAUGACCUUAGUGGACAGUCAUGUCUGAAGAGGAAAGUAAGGUGGUUGGUGAACUUUUUAAAGAUGUCAAAUUCUACGUGGUUGGGGACAUUGACCCAAAGGUGGUGCAGCUGUUGAAAGAUGGCAAAGGCAAGGAGGUCUCCUACAAUGCUCUGGCCACUCACAUUAUUGCGGAGGACGGGGACAACCCAGAGGUGGGGGAAUCUCGCGAAGUUUUUGACCUGCCGGUGGUCAAGCCAUCCUGGGUGAUCCUCUCGGUUCGAUGCGGCGACCUUUUACCAGUCACAGGGUUCUCUCCAGAAUCGGGACAGAUCUUCUUCGGAGUGACGGCCUGUCUUCCUCGUCUUCCAGAUGACCUCAACGCGUUGUGGGCAUACGUCACCUUUUAUGGGGGAGAAUGUCAGCUUAACCUGAACAAAAAAGUGACUCAUUUGGUGGUGAACGAACCCAAAGGGGCCAAGUUUGAGUGUGCCCUCAAACACCCUGCCAUUAAGAUCGUCACUCCAGACUGGAUAACAGAUUCCGUCAAAGCGAAGAGCCGGAACGAGGAAGCCCUCUAUCACCCUCGACUUACCUAUGUGCAGCCAGAAGAAGUGGAUGAGAGUGAGCCCGAGUCCUACGAGCGGCGGUCCCAUUCGGACGGAAGCUACAGCCCGCGACGCUCCCGCAUGUCCAGCGGCGACUCGUCCCAAGAGUCGAGUCCCCGCAGACGACCUGGCCCCAAAAAACUCAACUCCAUCUCCCCGUCGCCCCCGCGGAAAACCGAAGGUCGCGGCGAGCGCAUGUUUGACGACUCUGACGACGACUCGUCCGCCGAGAAGGAGGGGACCAACCUCAACUGGACUCCGGCGGAAGUGGCGACGCCGACCCCUCCCUUCGCGUCGGCCGGCGCCAGGCGGCGAGGCGGGCCGCCCGGCACCAAGGACCCCGCGUCCUCCACCGCGGGUGGUGGGCUGAUCAACCUCUGUGCCAGCGUUCCUCCGGUUCCCGGCAGCGGGCCCCUAUCGGCGGAGGGCCGCGCCGCCGCUGCCGUCAUCGGUCCAAGUGCACCGCAAGGAGGUGUGUCGCUUCCCGACAGCCUCCCCGGUUGGAGCCCAGCGGCUCGAACCCUGCGCAACAUUACCAACAACUCGGACAUGCCACCCGCCAUUCGACCCACCAACGUAGCGCAUAUUAUCCAGAAUCUGACCGCCAACCAAGGAAAGCCAAUGGAGCACCAAACCAAUCAAAGUCACGCUCAGACUCCAAACGCUGCCAAUCCACUUCUGUUCGGUCAGUCCAAAAUGGCGGGGCAACAACUCGCUGCCCAGCAGCAGCAGCAACAGUUAAUGCAGCAGUCACACCAGACGGUUCAACAACAACAGCAACAACAACAACACCACCACCACCACCAACAACAACAACAACAACAACAACAACAGUUAACCCAACCGGCGCAACAUCCCAUGAUGCAGCUCCAGCAGCAGCAGCAGAUGAUGCAGCUCCAUCACCAUCACCAACAGCAACAGUCACAAGUUGUACCACAGCAGGGGUUCUCCCAGUUGUCCCAACAGCACCAGUUCCUCCAGCAACAGCAGCAGCAAAUGCACCAACAGCAGAUGUUUUCACAGCAACAGCAACACAACUUCUCUCAGCAGCAGCAGCAGCUGCGGCCUCAGCCUCAGCAGCUCUUACGCCCUGGUCUUCAGCAGCUGCAGCAGCAGCAAGCGUUGCAACAACAGCUCCAGCAAUUCCAGCAGCAGCAACGCAUGCAGCUACUACAACAGCAGCAGCAGCAGCAGCAAAAUCAGCAGCAGUUACACCAACAGCAUCUACAGCAGCAGCAGCAGCAGCAGCACUUCUUGCAGCAGCAGCAACAAAUCCAGCAGCUGCAGAAUCAGCAGCAGCAGCAGCAGCAGGCUAUUCAGCAUCAGAACCAACAAGCCAUGCAGCAGCAGCAGCAGCCGCAGCAGACUCUUCAGCUGACGCAGCCUGCUCAUAUCUCCCUGUUUGGACACGAGCCAGGACAAGAAAUUCCCCAGGACGGCUUUUUGCUGGGAUGUGUGUUUGCCAUCGCCGACUACCCCGAACAGAUAGCGGACAAACAAUUGCUGGCCACGUGGAAACGGGUGAUCCAAGUCUACGGUGGUGCCGUGGACCCCUCCCUGACCGGUCGCUGCACUCACCUGCUCUGUGAGAGUCAGGUCAGCAACAUGUAUGUCCAGGCCCUCAGAGAGGGAAAACGCUGCGUGACAGCCCACUGGCUCAACACGGUGCUGAAACGGAAGAGGAUGGUGCCUCCUCAUCGGACGCUUCAUCUGCCGUUCGCCUUCCCUCCCGGAGCCAAGCCUUGCUCUCAACACAUUCUAUCGGUGACUGGCUUUGUGGAUGCCGACAGAGAUGACUUGAAGUUGAUGGCUUACCUGGCCGGCGCCCGAUACACCGGCUACCUAUGCCGCAGCAACACCGUCCUCGUCUGCAAAGAAGCGGCUGGGCUCAAGUACGAAAAGGCCAAGGAGUGGAAGAUUCCGUGCGUCAACGCUCAGUGGAUGUGCGACAUUCUCCUGGGCAACUUUGAAGCAUUAAGACAAAUCCAGCACAGCAGAUACUCGGUUUAUACGCACCCUGAGCCUCUGGUGCCGAACCUUCAGCUGGUGCAGAACCUGCUCGCUCCUUGGAGAACACCAAUCAAAGUCUCUCAAGAAGCUUUAGCGAACCUGCAGCUCCUCCAGAAACAAAAGCUGGCUGACUCCACCAACCAGCCGGCCAACAAAAAGGCCAGACUGGAGGAGAUCCCGUCUCCCAGCAAGAAGCUUCCCCCGGAGUCCACUCCAAGAGUUAUUUUUACAGGGUUCGAACCCACCCAGGUUCAGCAAUACACCAAGAGGCUGCAUGCUUUGGGCGGUGAAGUCGCCGAGGGCGGUCUGAAGGUGACUCACCUGGUGGCGAGCAAAGUCAAGCGCACCGUCAAAUUCCUGGCCGCCAUGUCUGUGGCCAAACACGUCGUCACCCCGGAGUGGCUCGAAGAGAGCUGGAGGACGCAGAAGUUUGUCGAUGAGCAGAACUUCAUUCUGAGGGACACCGAAGCGGAGGUCUUGUUUGGGUUCAGUCUUGAAGAAUCCCUCAAGAAAGCCCACAACGCGCCUCUUUUCAAGGGGAAGUAUUUCUAUCUCACCCCUGGAAUGUGCCCCAGCCUCAGCACCAUGAAGGCCAUCGUGGAAAGUGCCGGAGGAAAGCUGCUCGCCAAGCAGCCCUCCUACAGGAAGAUCAUGGAGCAUAAACACAACAAGAAUCUCCCAGAGAUCGUCUUGAUUUCCUGUGACAACGAUCUACAUCUGUGUCGAGAAUACUUCCUUAAAAACAUCGAUGUCCACAACGCCGAGUUCAUUCUGACCGGAGUGCUCACCCAGAAGCUCAAUUAUGAUUCGUAUAAGUUCACUUGAUGAAGCGCCGGAGACCUGGAGAAGAGGAGCGACCAGUGUCUCGCCACAUGGACUUUUCUAUGUUUUUACCUUUUGUGCAGAGAUAGCCAGUCUUUUUUUUUUUUCCUUU